AUCCGACAUCUCUUCCUUGGUGGUUUAAAUGUUGCUAUCUCCGGGUCAUAGUAGUACUUCGCGAUUUGGAUGGUCGUCUUGCUAAACCUGUCAGCUACGUGCAUGGUCCGAGCCCAUAACUCCAUGAGUUCCUGGCUGACUGAACUUGGGAGAAAUGUAUGUACGCCGGCUUAUAUUGACACAUGGGCGGUAGGCCUUUAAAGGGGCUAGGGUUGGUCUUUGAAGAAGCAACUACUCGUUCUGCCACUCAAUUCAAUCCCCUCCGAACUGUUCACCAAGAUGCCUGGCUCUUCACCUGCGAAGCCCGUUGACUGUACGAUUGAUUUUGAUGCCAGUCAUCUGGUAGGAAAGACCGCUGUCGUUACUGGAGGAGGUAAUGGUCUUGGGGAAGCCUAUGUUCGAGCACUGGUCAAUUCAGGAUUGAAGGUAUGCUUCGGAGAUCGUGAUGCCCACCGAGGAGAGCAGCUCGCUUCUGAACUCAAAGACUGUCGCUUUGUGCACUGCGACGUAACAAACUGGGACAACCAACUUCGGCUGUUUAGCGAAGCUGCCUCGUUAUCUUCCUCUGGGAAAAUUGACUAUGUAGUCGCCAACGCGGGUAUCAUACAUGCAGACGAUGUAUUCACAUUCGAAGGUCCCAACCAGACGCCCAAGAAGCCAAAUCUCGACAUCAUCGACGUAAAUCUCAAUGGCGCGCUCUACACCAGUAAACUUGCAAUGCACUACUUCAUGACCCAAAACGGCACAUCACCGAAUUCCUCCCAAACAGACACCUGUCUGAUCCUCAUUGGCUCAGGAGCCGCUUACCUCGACUGUCCACGCGGACCCCAAUACAGUGCCUCCAAAUAUGCGAUGCGCGGUAUCAUGCACUCCCUGCGUCGUACAGCGUACUACUACGGUUCUCGCAUCAAUAUGAUUUCGCCAUGGUAUGUGCGCACGAAAAUCCUGACGGAUGACGACUUUGAUGCGGUGGAGAAGGCGGGUGUACAGCUUGCUACUACAGAAGAUGCAGGGCAGUGUUUGCUGAGGAUCUUGAGCGAUGGUAGUAUUAAUGGGCGGUCACUUUUCAUCUCAGCAAGAAAGUGGGCACCGAGGGGUUAUAUUGAUCUGGAUUUGGAUGAGUAUCCUGGAAACGAUCUGUUGGAGGAGAUUCAAGCUGAUCAAGUCAAGUUUGCGCCUGUGGAGGCGGGCUUGUUCGUCUGA